ACUCCGAUUCCUUCCUGCCCUGAGAAAGGCACAGAUGUGCAAAUAAUCUGUAUCCAAAACAGGAGAGCUUGGAGAGAUUCAGAAGGACUUUUGCAGCUGGAUGGAAAACUAUCGAAUGAAGAGUUACAAGAACAAAGCCCUAAAUCUCGAGGAAAUGAGACGGAGAAGAGAAGAGGAAGGAAUUCAGCUGCGCAAACAGAAACGAGAGCAACAGGUAACUGUCAUCUUGAGUAGGUUGUGUUCAGCCUUAACACAACCAAGAUUGUGCUGCUGCCUAACUGGAAUCUUCAAGGAUCUGUGCAUUAAGCUCUUUAAAAGGAGGAAUGUGGAGUUGAUCAAUGAGGAUGACUCCAUGUGUGAUAGUCACCUUGUGGAUUCCUACGUUAGUUCCACAACAUGUGGGGAGGGAUUGAUCACAGGAGAGAUGGUGGAGAUGCUUUUCUCAGAUGACCCUGACCUACAGCUGGCAACCACUCAGAAAUUCAGGAAAUUGCUCUCCAAAGAGCCAAAUCCUCCGAUAGAUGAAGUGAUAAACACUCAGGGAGUGGUGGAGAGAUUUGUUGAAUUCCUGAAAAGAAGUGAAAAUUGCACAUUACAGUUUGAAGCUGCGUGGGCACUGACGAAUAUUGCAUCAGGGACUUCCCAACAAACAAAAAUAGUCAUUGAGGCUGGGGCAGUUCCCAUAUUUAUAGAGCUGUUAAACUCUGACUUUGAGGAUGUUCAGGAGCAGGCUGUCUGGGCAUUGGGGAACAUUGCUGGAGACAGCUCUGUGUGUAGAGAUUAUGUCCUUAACUGCGCUAUCCUUCCUCCCUUAUUAAUGCUCCUUACGACGUCCACCAGGUUGACAAUGACACGAAAUGCUGUCUGGGCCUUGUCAAACCUGUGCAGGGGGAAGAGUCCCCCACCUGAAUUUGAUAAGGUGUCUCCCUGCCUGCCAGUGUUGUCCAGGUUGUUGUUCAACAGCGACUCUGACCUGCUGGCAGAUGCCUGCUGGGCCCUUUCCUACCUGUCAGAUGGUCCCAACGAGAAGAUCCAGGCAGUGGUGGACUCGGGAGUGUGUCGGCGGCUGGUGGAGCUGUUGAUGCACAAUGACUACAAAGUGGCCUCCCCAGCUCUGCGGGCAGUUGGCAACAUCGUGACAGGGGAUGACAUUCAGACCCAGGUGAUUCUAAACUGCUCAGCCCUGCCUUGUCUCCUUCAUUUGUUAAGCAGUCCCAAGGAAUCCAUCAGGAAAGAGGCGUGCUGGACUAUAUCCAACAUCACAGCGGGAAACAGAGCACAAAUACAGGCAGUGAUAGAUGCCAACAUUUUCCCGGUGCUGAUAGAAAUCCUGCAGAAGGCGGAAUUCCGCACGAGGAAAGAGGCAGCCUGGGCCAUCACCAACGCCACCUCAGGAGGGACUCCUGAGCAGAUCAGGUACCUGGUAAAUUUAGGUUGUAUCAAGCCUCUGUGUGACCUGCUGACUGUCAUGGACUCCAAGAUUGUUCUGGUGGCAUUGAAUGGGCUGGAGAACAUCCUGAGGCUGGGAGAGCAGGAAGCCAACCAGAGUGGCACUGGGAUCAACCCCUACUGCAGCCUGAUCGAGGAGGCCUAUGGUAGGUGGGGGCUUUGGGCACUGCAGGAGGCACUGAGAGGGUCUGUUGGGUGCUUUCCUGCUGUGUUAAGGGGUUUAGUAUGUUCCAAAACGGCCAAUAUUUGUUCCAAAGUCUCUUCAGACUCGUGAUUGGGUGAGGAGAAA